CAGGCAACUGUCAAUGUCAAAACACGGUCAUCAUUCUUGGCUCGUCACGUGAUGCACAUAAACAAGAAUUGUUUCUGCCUUUUUCGUUUGAUAUACUUGAAAUUAAUCUCGAAAAAAUACUCUGGAAUGGCUGUUACAACCUCUAGUGUAUGCCAUCAUAGCUCAAAUUGCUAAGUAUCACCACACACACCCGUGCAUCUCACGUUUUAUCUUAUCGCAGGUCAGAGUUGAGCUGACCCACACAGCUCCAGAGAUAUCAUCAUCGUGGCAAAAUGGAGUAUAUUAAAACUGCUAUUUGGGGCCCCGAUCCCAAAGAUCAAAUGCGGAAAAUCAACCUGCUUCUUCGGAAAAACAAAAGAGAACUUGACCGGUCGCUUGGUCAACUCCAGCCUCUCAAAAAAAAAACUGAAGGGCUUAUUAAGAAAGCAGCCAAAUCAGGCGAUGCGAAAACGGCGAAGAUCUAUGCUCGCGAGUUGAUUAAUGUGAACAAUCAGUACAAAAAACUACACCUCUCCAAAACAAGACUCGAGCUGAUUACGAUGGCUGUCAAUGAGCAAUGGCAAAUGAAGAAAUUGACCCAAUCAAUGCAGGCGCUGACUGGGGUCAUGAAAGAUGUGAACUCGUUGAUCCAUGUGGGCGCAAUCACCAACACGAUGCAAGAAUUAUCGAAAGAACUAAUGAAGGCAGGAAUCAUUAAUGAAAUGGUGGACGAUAUGGUGGAUUUAGAUGUUGACGACGAAUUGGAAGAGGAAUCUCAAGAGGAAGUGAACAAGAUAAUCCAGGGGUUAACCGAAGAUAAGUUUUCGAAGAUAGAAAGCGAGGUUCCCUCAUCUGAAUUACCGGUACAAGAGACCUCUUCUGUUUCUGACCCGGUCGAACAAGAACAAGAAGAAGACGAGAAUUUGCUCAAUGAGAUGCAACAGCGUCUUCGUGCCUUACAAGAAUCUUGAAGAGUGAAUAUCUUGCAGAGUAUGGGGACGCGUAGC